CAUCCAAAAAUCUUCAAGUGACCCACUCCCUUUAAAUACCUCUCCACACACACUAAAUCCCCAACCAAGAUUUUCUGAUUUACACACAAACGCCAACUGAACCAUACCAUAUGUCUGAGUUAUCAUCAUCAUCUACCUCCACUUUGGGUGAGUGCAAUGAGGGCCAUCCACACAUGCACACGACCAAAAUUCAGGACCCAGACAUGUUAUCCCUUUUGAUCCCCAAAACCCCAACAACAUUCGAAAAAAACCAAAAGCCCCAAGAAAGCACCCAUUUUUCACUGGCCUUAAACGAGGCCAAAAGCAUAGCAAACACAGCAUUACCCAUGGUGCUCACAGGUCUAUUACUCUACUCUCGCUCCGUCAUCUCUAUGUUGUUCCUCGGUCGUGCCGGUGAGCUCGCCUUAGCCGGUGGUUCUCUCGCCAUUGGAUUCGCCAACAUCACAGGUUACUCUAUUCUCUCUGGCCUCGCCAUGGGGAUGGAACCCAUCUGCGGCCAGGCUUUUGGGGCCAAACGUUUCAAACUUCUGGGCUUCGCCAUGCAGAGAACCAUUGUUCUUCUUCUUUUAACUUCAAUUUUCAUAUCAUUCUUGUGGCUCAACAUGAAGAAGAUAUUGCUCCUCUGUGGCCAACAAGAAGACAUCGCCACCCAAGCUCAAUCCUUCAUACUCUACUCUCUCCCUGAUCUUGUUGCACAAUCAUUGCUACACCCUCUUCGAAUCUACUUGCGAAGUCAAUCCAUAACCCUCCCUCUCACAUACACCGCCUCUCUCUCUAUUCUCCUUCACGUCCCCAUCAACUACCUCCUCGUCUCUGUGUUCAAACUUGGAAUCAAAGGCAUCGCUUUAGGCGCUGUUUGGACCAAUUUCAACCUUGUCUUUUCGCUGAUUCUCUACAUCUGGGUAUCCCAGAUAUACAAAAAAACAUGGACCCCUAUUUCCUUGAAGGCUAUCUUCUGCGGUUGGAAGGCGCUUCUGAAUCUGGCAAUCCCGAGUUGCAUUUCCGUUUGCCUGGAAUGGUGGUGGUACGAAAUCAUGAUUUUACUGUGCGGGUUACCAAAGACAAGUCAGUUACCCCUAUUCUACUAG